GAAAAGCAGGAGAACAGAAUUGCAGCAGAAGCGGUGGAUGACAACGGCGGUUAGCAGUCCUACUGCACUGUCUGCUGACAGGAGUAUGGCAUCUGCAUGAAAAAAAAGCGCAAACGAUUGUCUGUCGUUGCUUUCACAGAGGGAGGGGCGACUGACAAAAUCCAAAACCAUCCAUGACAAUGUUUUUGCCCCAUCAGGCAUUGGGAGUCCAACCCAGAAUUCCAAUGGGCAGUGGAGAUUGCAGGAACUGAGGGUUACCUACCCACAGUGCAACGCUUUGAAAGUUGACACUAGCCACGGGACUGUGGAUGCACUCUGCCGACUUAAUGCUCUUAGUGGGGACACACACAAUCGACUGUAUAAAAUCGCUUCCUAAAAAUCGACUUCUUUAAGUUCGACCUAAUUUCGUAGUGUAGACAUACCCUUAGAAAUCUCCUGUUGUAAGUGUUCAUAAUGUAGAAAUGGGGGGAAAGAGCUACUGUUCCCAAGUACAUAACCAAGGCUUUGCUCCUGCAAUGUGAUCCAUGCAGGCAUCCCCUUUGAGCCCUGGCUCUUAUUCCAAGUCAAUACUCAUAAGAGUAGUGUUAUUGACUAGCAUAAAUAACAAGAAAGCUCUAGUUUAAAAUAAAAUGCUGUACAAUUUUGCAAAAUAAUUGCUGAGAAAUCUUUAAAAUACUUAAUAAGUAAUACAGUGAUUUUGGCUGUUGUUGGAAUGGUAGGUUCUGGAUAAGCCUUACAGGACAGGAAGAAAUGCUGGGUGAAGCCAUGGGAGUUUUGUCAUUGACUUCAACUUGGCUAGUUUUACCCUAUGUCUUUGUAUGUGUUUGUGCAGCAGUUAGCACAAUCCUGAUUGGCGCCUCUAGGUACUCUUGUAAUACAAGUGCUAAAUAAUAAUAGCAGGAAGUGGGGUUAGAGUUAAUAUGAGAUGUCUGACUUUCUUUUUCUGCUUUACUCACUUUUUAAAAUAGGGAUCUUCUGAUCUUGAGGAUUACUUAUUUUAAUUUUUUUUUUUACAAAACUCAAUACAUAAAUAUAUUAGCAAUUAAACAGGUUUUUUGUUGGAAGGAUUUCAAGGAAAAAUAUUGAAUGAUGGUAGAGGCAGCUAUUUCAUUCCCUUUUCAGAGUGAAUGAGUGACACACAGAAACAGUGAGAGAGACUGUGCAUGUGUGUCAGUGACAAUGAAAUGUUUCCUUUCCUUUCUUUUCUGCUGUAUUAUUGAAAGUACCCCCUGAGCUUUUCAGUCUUCAUUUAUGAAUGCUCUUUGCAUGACUGAAAGCAGUAGGUGACAGUUUUCUUAAAAGACUUUCUGAAAGAUUUGGUUUCUUGCCCAAAGUAUUAUUGUCUAAAGGUUACAGAAUAUUAUUUACAGUAACCACAAACAUACAAUUGUUAUUUUAAGUAAUAUUCUAGAUUUACUCUUUUUUUUAAGUCAGAGAAAUGCUGAAACUGCAUUUCCCAGAGUGCAUGAGGGUGUUCUAGCCUGAUUAGUCAGCUGACCUGGAUUGUGAAAUAUUCCUUAUUUCCUGUUCAGCAUUAAUGGACAUGGCUUGUGUGUAUGAGUGUCCUUUUUUUCCUUUGUCGGGUGAUUUAAUGUCUUUUGACUAAAAUCUUAUUCAGAGCAAUGGUGGCAAGGAAGUGAGUUGAUUUACUAACUCAGCAGGUCGGAAACUACUUCUAGAGGGAAGGGAUGUCAUGAAGAAAUAAUAUACUGCACUCUGCAUAUCUUCAUAUGAAAGGAUCUAAAUAAUCUUCACAACGCCUAUUAAACCGUUGACUUGAGUUUUUUUCAGUGUUAUUGUUUUUUUAAUUUUCUUUUCUUUACAGUGGAGACUAGACCUCUUGACUUGCUAGUGAAUACAGUACUUCUUAACACUUAACAAUUAGUUUUAAAUAACCUGUUUGUGAAGGGUUUUUUCCUUGUUGGUUGUUUUUUUUUACAGAACUUAAAAGGGAACUUUAAAAGGAAAAUAGAAUUUCUUCGGACUGAAGAGGACAACUUCCUAAGAAAAAACAAAAUGUCUCCUAAAUCGAAAAAGCUUUUUAACAUAAUUAUUUUAGGAAUUGCUUUUAUGUUUAUCUUUACUGCCUUUCAAACGUGUGGAAAUGUUGCGCAAACUGUUAUCACGAAUUUAAACAACACAAAUUUUCAUGGCAGUGGCUAUACCAGUGGUUGCUGUAGUGGGACCUCAGUUAUCCAUGUUUGUUAGCGGUCUAUUUUACAGCAUAUACAUUGCGGUUUUUAUCCAGCCUUUCACAUGGUCCUUCUACACAGCUUCUGUUUUCAUUGGGAUAGCAGCUGCUGUACUUUGGACUGCGCAGGGAAAUUGCCUGACAAUAAAUUCAGAUGAAAACACUAUUGGGAGAAACAGUGGAAUUUUCUGGGCACUUUUACAGUCCAGCUUGUUUUUUGGAAAUCUUUAUAUAUACUUUGCUUGGCGUGGGAAAAUUCACAUAUCAGAGAGUGAUCGCAGGACUGUCUUUAUUGCUCUAACUGUCUUCAGUCUCGUGGGUACAUUUCUGUUCUUUCUGAUUAAGAAACCAGAGGAGUCAAACACACUGGAGGAGGAAGUCUCCUCCACUGAUGAAAGCACUGUAGAUAACUCGUCUGUCCAAAGCAAAGCGACAAGGGCAGUGGAUGCAUUUAAGAGAUCUAUUAAGCUGUACUUCACCAAAGAGAUUUUGCUCCUUAGUGUUACAACAGCUUAUACAGGUCUGGAAUUAACGUUCUUUUCUGGAGUAUAUGGAACCUGUAUUGGUGCUGUGAAUAGAUUUGGCACUGAAGAGAAAAGUCUUAUUGGACUCUCUGGUAUUUUUAUUGGCAUUGGAGAAAUUUUAGGUGGAGGAUUCUUUGGCUUAGUGAACAAAGAUAAUCGCUUUGGCAGGAACCCAGUUGUGAUGCUUGGCAUUGUGGUCCAUUUUUUAGCCUUUUAUAUAAUUUUUUACAACAUACCAAAUGAUGCCCCCAUUGCUUCCUUCGAAGGAACAGAUAAUAGUGCUUAUAUGAAUCCAAGCAAAGAGUUGGCCAUUUUAUGCAGCUUUCUGUUGGGACUAGGAGACAGCUGCUUUAACACCCAACUCCUCAGUAUUUUGGGGUUCCUUUAUUCAGAAGACAGUGCACCUGCUUUCGCUGUCUUCAAGUUUGUCCAGUCCAUCUGUGCUGCAGUCGCAUUUUUCUACAGCAACUACCUUCUUCUUCAGUGGCAGCUCCUGAUCAUGGCAGUGGUUGGGUUCUUUGGAACAAUCUCCUUCUUUACUGUGGAGUGGGAAGCAGCAGCAUUUGUUGCCCGUGGCUCUGAUUACAGGAGCAUUUGAUCCAGGUGUUCCAUCAGCCUGAUGUGAGGAGAUGCACAGAAACAUAUUUAUUGAAAUGACUUGAGAAGGUGAAAAGAUCACAUUAGAGAGGCAGGGAUGAAGGAAGCCUCUGUUAAAGCCCUUUCAGUGUAACUGACAGGAACAGUCAUAAUGAAACAUAGAAAAACAAAAUGCCAAAAUUAAAAGGCUUUCUUUCUUAUUUUAAUUGACAUUGAUGUGCAGAAAUCACAUAUUAGAAAAUGGAAGGAAAACUGGGGAUCUGUGCAUUGAUCAAUUUUAUUCGGCUACAUCCCUUUGCUGAGUGCCUAUUUCUCUUAAUUUCUCUCCUUGUGAUCGGGUACUAUAGAAAUUCUAGUUUCAUUCCUCUCAAAUAGUUUUAAUUUUACUUAGAUCCAAGCUCUGCAGACUCUUAACUUGUAAAAAUUCCUUCUGUGUAUGAGGAUACAGUGUGCUGCAGCAUGUCUAUGUAUCCGAGAAGCCAAUCUAACCCAGGGGCUUCUGUCGCAAUAGAGGUGUUCUAAGGGGAAUAUUUUGUGAUGCUGUGCCCCUCCAACCCUUGGUUCCUAAGUACGUAACAUUGUUGAUACCCUAUUUUAUAGCUUAAAAUUUUAUCUAGGAUCAGUUUUUAAAAAAAGAGAGAUUGUAAGUAUUAUGGGCUGAUGUAAAGUAUAUUCGAUAAAUUUGGACAAGAUUUUCUUUAUUUUAAGCUUAUCAGAAGGGUAAGUAAAGGCCAAGAUGAUUAAGGGCCUGAACCUGAGACAUGUGGAGCAACUGAAUCCCCAUUUAUAUCAACAGGUAUUGUAAGUGCUCAGCACCUCUCAGGAUCAGGCUAUAGAUUAGGUUGGCUGCCAGUACGUUCUCCAGGAAAUGCUAUACAAGGAGUCAUAAAGACACGGCUUUCAGCCUACAGACAUUGGGUUCACUGGCAUUAUUCAUGCUUAAAGUUACUCAGGUGUACAAGUAUUUACAAGAUCAGGGCUUAUGUUAGAUGUACAUGUUAGUAAUGACAUCUUUUGAUGGGCACGCUUUCCCAUUUACCUCUUUAAAGCCUGGUUAGAGGGGAAAGAGGACUGUAAAAAUUGUCUCGUUACUGUACAAACAGUAUCUGCUCCAUGUGCAUCAUCUAAGUAAUAUCUGAAUAGCUGAUUGACAAACAUAUUUUAUUACUCAAUAGAACAUAGGAAGAACAUGCAAUAAUUUAUUCUGCAUCAUCAAAAAAACCUGGCAGCUAAGUUUUGGAUGCAGAAUUGUUAUACUGUAAUUGGUGAUAAUGUAUGCAGCAGAUAUAACACACCUAGAUUUUGUUUACCUAGUUGAACUUCCAGUGCUGGCAGUUAUCAAUUUGCUUACUAGUCAAAAACUCUGAAGAAAUUAAGAAUAAAUCUGAAUACCAAGGUGGAAACUUUUUAGAAACACCUUAUUAGAAACAUUCUUGAUUUUUAGCAAAGUACCAUCCUUUGUUAGACUGCAAACCUUUUGAUGAGCACGGUUGGUACGUUGGCUUCUUGUAUUUAAAGAUGAUUAAGAAAGAUUUAAAUGAUGUUUCAGUUUCUCAUACUAUGUCAUAACUACUUAGGCGAGUAUGGAGGAUAAAUUUGGUAUUGAAUUAGGGGAACCCUGUACCUUUCUGUAUCUUCGUGCCCGUCUCAAAGUGGUGCGUUACGUGAAAUCCUCAUAUGGCACAACUUGGGUGACCAGAUGUCCUGAUUUUUAGUUCUUUGUCCCACAUCCCAACUGAUGCAUGGUCGGGAUGCCAUUUGUCCCAAUAUUGUGGCUUUGGCCGCUCUGGCAGCCUUUUUUUUUUUGCUUCCCCCAUGUAUCCCGAUAUUUUGUCCGUUUCAUCUGGUCACCCUAUGCACAGCCAAGCCUGUGCAUAGUAAAAUGGCACUGUACACAGAUUUAGGGGUAUUGGCUUUGGGUUCACUCCAGGUUUCUGCUGUGAGGUCAGAAAGGUGUUAGUGAGAGGAUUAUUGAAACCCCAGAUACUUAGCUGGGAAGUGGAUAGGUGAGGGAAACUCAAGGAAACCUUAUUGGUCAGCAGGAGUUUCACUGAAUAAAGUGUAAAAGGGAGUGAGAUGGAGAAGAAUAUGAAAGGGGAGAAAGGGUUAAUAUAACAAUUCUACUUUGUCAGUCAAACCAAAGGGGAAAUUCAGGACAUGGAACCAAAUUGAAUCAAUUUAUAUGAUGUAGCUGGCUGCACAUUAGUGCCUCCCAUCCACUUCUUUUAUUCAGUAAUUUCAAAUAUAAUGACAGGUUUCAGAGUAGCAGCCGUGUUAGUCUGUAUUCGCAAAAAGAAACGGAGUACUUGUGGCACCUUAGAGACUAACAAAUUUGUUUCUCAAAUUUGUUAGUCUCUAAGGUGCCACAAGUACUUCUUUUCUUUUUUCAAAUAUAAUAUUUUUUUAUAUACCAUUCAUGAGGGGGGGAAAAGUAAAGACAUUAUGAAAUCCUUCAGUGAUUAGGUAUUUUCCUACUGCAUUCUUUUUUAUAUUUUCUUCAAAGUACCAAAAGGCAUAAAGAACUUUAAUUAAGAGAGAGAAAAAAUCAAUCUUCAUACUAUUCUUGUAGUCUGUUCUCUGCACACCAGUGGGAGAAGAUUUUAAUUGCUAAAAGAUCACAAGGAUCAUUCUGUUUGGUAAUACGUGGGUGAGCAAAUUGGUGCUUAUGGUGAUGAGAGCCUUGCAAAUGCAUUAAAAUAAUACAAUUUCAUUUUAGAAGGUAAUACUUAUGAUGAGAUUGCUUUUAAAAAUGGUGCUUUUUUAAUGGAUGUCUGUGUGCAGUGUUGUUCAUCUGGGAUAACAGAAGUAUACAGAAUGCGUUAGUAAAAUCUGUAGGGAAAGAUUUUCACCUCUAAAUUUUCACAAUUUCAGCAAGUAUUUUGGAUCUGAUUUUCAGAGGUUCUGAGUACCCGACCUCCCACUGCUGACAAUUAGAGUUGGGGGUUCUCAGCACCUGUGAACAUCCAGAGCCUUUUUCUUUUUCUAUUCUAUCUGGUUUGACUCAAAACCAGAUAAUGUAAAACACAAGGAAGGCUCAGAAUUACUUAUUAGGUUAUUAAAGUGAACUAAGUUUUCUUUUUUGAACCAAGUUUGAUAAGAAAUUUACAAAAUUCUUCAAGCCACAUUACGAAUAUCAAACAUUUUAAAACUGCAUACCCUAUAAAUGUAUGCACUACUGUUGUAGCCCUGUUGGUCCCAGGAUAUUAGAAACACAAGGUAGGUGAAGUAAUAUCUUUUAUUGGACCAACUUCUGUUGGUGAAAGAGACAAGCUUUUGAGAUACACAGAGCCUGACCUGAGGAAGAGCUCUGUGUAGCUUGGAAGCUUGUCUUUCUCUUUAUCAUGUUUUAAUUUGAAUUUUUAAGAAAAGUAGAAAAAAACCCUCAAUUAUUCAGGCAACCAUAUGAUAUAUAACUACAUCUAAACUUGCAGACUUAUUCCUGUGGAAUGUCAGAACAUGAAAAAUACAUUCAGCUGCACAGAAUAAAGCACAUUAGUCAGCUGUUUGGAUACGAUGAUCAAUAAAAAGGUAAUAAUGUUGACAUCUAAUUAUGCUCCCAUCUCUGUAAGCAUUUCUAAAGCUCCUAUCACCAUAUCUAAGCACUGGCAGUAAGAGCCAAUUGAGAUGAGUGGGGUAAAGUCACAUUUCUCUUGGCAUUUGAAUCACUGCCUACUGAAUUCAGUUGUGUUCUUUCCAUUUUUUUCAAUGUGAAUUUGAGCAGGGCCGGGCUUUCUGUGAAUUUGUUGUAGUCUGGUUUGCAUGCUUCAAAAUCACUGGUGCAUUGGUUUAUACUGGGAAAUUAUCUCCAGAAGCAGAACUAUAGAUUGAACUUGGUUAGCUGCAAAGAAAUAUAUUUGUUUGUUUUUUGUACCCUUUACUCUUAAUGUUGUAAUGGUUUCAACUUCCUGUGAUGUCACUUUGUGAGUCCUCUAAACAAAUGGCAAAAUCCUUAGGAACAAAGAGGAAGUAAAAACUGAUAUUCCUGACUUUUGAAUGCAACCCCCCGCCCCCUUGAUUUUUUUUU